AUGAACAACUCUUCCUCUGCGCUCACUGUCACCACUCAACCAGAAUUCACACACGGGUAUCCUGUUUUAGUCACAUUCUACAUUGGUCCAACUAAUCAAAAAGGACGCCAUCCCGCAAUUGCACGUGAAACUUUGACUCCUAUUAUGAUCUUCAAGAAUACAUGGGCGGAACUCACUAAAACUCUUGGGCGUUUCUUCAACAAAAAUCUUCCACUGCUGAUUGUCGGUCGUGACAUUCGAGUGAAGGACAAUGAUGAUUUUAUUACUCGUAUGACGAAUUGUCGCUUUCUUCAUCGCGCAACGGGUUGCUAUCAUAUUCUUGUUAGGAUUUACCCGAUAAUGAUUUUCCACAAACUCUGUUUCCUCGCAUACUUUGUUUCCGUGGCGACAGCUACCAUCAAAUGCUCCGGACGACAUUCCUGCUAUGCCGAAUCGCCAGAAUGCGAUCCCAACACUGAUUGUCAAACCGUUCUCCGUUUCGAUCCAUCUGGAAAUGUGAACAUUUUCGUGCGCAAUAUGUCAGUCACCGACUACGUCUCCAUUGUCACCGAUCGAGACCUUCUCAACACAAUGGAGUUCUUCGUUUGUGUUCCGUUUGCUGGACAACGUCUUCGUGGAUUGGGACGAUUCGGACAGACUAUUCUGAUCAAUCAACAGAAUCUCACCAACGUUGUGGAACAAUUUGAAACCAAUUCUUUCCGAUGCGUGAUCAAUCAAGACGAACUCAAACCCGAGUUUUGGUUGAACAAAAAUUUCAUUGUUUCUCGAGGACGAUUCCAACAGUUUCUGAGAGUGAAUGAAGGUUGCAAGUUGUACAAAUUGGAGCACGAAGAAGACUUGGAGAGCGAACAGUUUUUCCCAACGGCUUAUAGAACACCGAAAGCAUUGAAGAAAACCGAAAUUGCGUCAACAAAGUUCGAAGAUGUCAUUGAAAUUUCUAAAAUGCUGCAGAAUGUGAAACAAAUGUUUGUGAAUGCUGUGAAGCAGGAGAAAAUGGACAAAGAGCAUCUUCAUAAGAAAUCCGGCUCGAAUGGUCACAAGCGUUAUUAUCCAAAGAGCGACUCUUAUGAAUCUGACAAGGAUACAAAGCAGAAUAAAGCAAAACUUAUCAGAGAAAGUGAUGAUAGUCGUCAGGACAAGUCUCGCGAUGUCAUUGUUUCAAAAGCAAGAAGCCAUAAAAAAUCUCACGAAACAAAAUCUCACAAGAACCAAACGAUUUCUAACAAAUCUGAAGAGGUUAUGAGCUCAAAAAUGAAGCCAGUUGCUAAUGAUGCCGAUUUGGAUACAAAAGUUUACGUUCGAAUGACUAAAAAGCAAAUGUACACGUUCAUUGAUGGGUUGGAAGAAGGAAAAUCUGCUGGAAACGAAACGGAUCUCUUGAAAUCCAAUGCAUCUACCUUAAACUCUGAAGUCGAGGAGCCAAGAAACAGUGCCACGGACGAUGAAAUCGUUUUUGUGUUGAUGACCAAACGUCAGAUGCAUACCAUGAUUGGCACGAAAGCCGAGCAUCAAGUCUCUGGUACCAAAAUGUUUGCCGAGAAACGCAACUACGCAAGCAGUGGAGUUCAUUUCGGGACAACUCUUCUUGUUCUGAGUGUUCUUCUGUUUCUGUAA